AUGUCACCACUGCCACCACCCACAAGGACAUCUACCACCUACGUUACCAUCACUGACUGUGAAGAACAUGUCUGUAAGGAAACUGUCUCCCCAGCUUUAGUCUCUACUGCUACUGUCACUGUCAACAACCAAGUCACUGAAUACACUACUUACUGUCCAAUUUCUACUGAACACCACAACUCCACCACCAAGGCUUCCCCAACCUCUACCAAGGCUCAAACCAAGAAUGCUACCUCUUCUCACACCAUCCACUCUUCUUACACUGGUGCUGCCGUUAAGGCUUUACCAGCUGCUGGUGCUUUGAUGGCCGGUGUCGCUGCUUUGUUAUUAUAA